AUGGCACCUCCUGAUACUCCGAUUCGUGAGCUUCGGCUAAAAGAUGCCAAACAAGCAUUGGAGGAAGACAAAUAUGACUGCACAGCUUGCAGGUUGACUGGCUCUGCUGCUUUCGUUGGCCUUGGUGUCUAUAGCUACUACACCGGCAUGCGCAACCUCCGAAAACAAGAACAAGUGAUCAUGAACAGCACGACAAAGUAUAAGAUGGGUUCAAGGAAACUGGGCAUUGCAACUAUUUCUGCAAGUCUAGUAGGCGUGGGUGUAUAUCGCCUCUUCAACUGA